GCCGCACUCUCCUAUCAUGAGCCAGAUAUUGUUACAAUUCUGAUCCUGACUUCCUUCUUACUCCUACAGAAUGCAGUGAAUUGGGCUUUCGAUCGACUCUUCUUCUGCGGACUGAUCGGGCAGAUUGCCAUUGGAGUAGCAUGGGGCAAACCAGGCGCAAACUGGCUGUCUGUCGCUGCGCAGAAUGUCAUUGUGCAGAUAGGUUAUCUUGGCCUGAUUCUGCUUGUCUUUGAAGGCGGACUAUCUACAGAUCUCAAGACACUCAAGUCCAAUCUCUUCUUGUCCUCUUUGGUGGCUCUUACUGGAAUAUCAGCUCCUAUCGGCCUCUCAUUCCUCCUGCCCAGUUUUGUGAAUGGUGUUGCGCCGGUGCAGGCAUUCGCUGCGGGCGCUGCGCUGUGUUCGACUUCUUUGGGCACUACCUUCACUAUUCUGUCCACGAGCGGUCUGGCUGCAAGUCGCCUCGGCGUGGUAUUGUCGAGCGCCGCGAUGAUGGAUGAUAUCGUGGGCCUCGUCAUGAGCGGCAUCGUCUCAAGCCUCGGCACAUCCUCAGACUUCAAUGCUGUCACUGUCAUCCGUCCAGUCUUCGUUUCGAUCGCAUUCGCGGUAGUUGUGCCUCUCGUUUGUGCGUGGGUACUGAAACCGCUUACCAGAGAGUUGUACAAUGCGAUCAGAAGCCAGAACUCGGAGCGAAGGCACAAGUGGAUUGCUACAGAAAAUGUAGCUCUGGUACUUCACGCCAUGGUGUUGGCCGGACUCGUAGCUGCAGCGAGCUACGCUGGAACAUCCAAUCUCUUUGCUGCAUAUAUUGCUGGUGCGACCAUAUCAUGGUGGGACGGCCUUUGCAAAGAACUUCGUAUGUCAAACCCCAACGAAGAAAUGGAGCCUCCUGCUACUGGACAACAGUCGUGCACACAAGCGACGGAGGAUAGUCCCCAACUACAUGUAAGGUCGAACCCCAACAUUUCUGAUCUCACAGGAAUAGCUGUGUUCGAGAAAUACUAUAGCCCCGCGCUUCAAACCAUUCUCAAGCCUUUCUUCUUCGCGUCGAUUGGCUUCGCAAUUCCAAUCACACAAAUGUUCACUGGUUCAGUCAUUUGGCGAGGUUUGGUCUAUACCAUGUUGAUGGUGCUGGCCAAGUUGAUCUGCGGGCUUUUCUUGAUCAGCUUCGCUACACCAGUUGUGCCCUUGCAAGCACUCUCGAGGCGAUUCAGAAACAGCAUGUCGAAGUGCUGGCCAUGGCCUGUCAGAAACGGCAAGGCCGCUGCGACAUCAGAUGCAACAAUGCAGACUGCUCAGUCCACACCUGCUCAACCCACAUCUCCAGAGAGUCGGGAGACGUCGUCUGGCAAACAAUCACGGGUCCCGAAGCCUGUGUCACUUUACCCGGCCGCCUUGCUUGGUAGCGCAAUGGUUGCAAGAGGUGAGAUAGGCUUCUUGAUCUCGAGCGUUGCAGAGAGCGGUGGUGUUUUUGGUUCAAACGAGGAAAAUGGAUCUGAGCUCUUUCUGAUCGUAACAUGGGCAAUCCUGUUAUGCACACUCCUUGGCCCCAUCGUGGUUGGCUUGAUGGUCAAGCGUGUGAGGCGACUACAAGAAAUGGAACGAAGUAGAAAUACAGGCAAGAACGACCCGCUCGGCAUAUGGGGCAUC